UGCCCAUCUUCUACUUCUAUUCCCCUCAUGGUUAUUAUAUCUCCUUGGUCAUGACCAGUACACUGAUCACCGUUGCUUACGCUCUCCCACGCCCGUAUCUAAGUAGUCUGAGACAUAAGUAUACUAGUAACGCGCUAGUACAGUACCCAGUGCAGUCGCUAGCAUAUUCGGGUCUUAGCCUCCCAUAGCCAUUCGUAUCCAGGUAUCCACCUUCUCGCCCCCAUUUAAUCCCCAAUCUUCCUUCUAUCUUCCCAGUCACACUCCCCAUCAUGGUUCGCACCAAUAUCUCCCCCAAUGACCCCGCAGAGGAACAUCCCACUAUCGGUUUGAUCGGAAUGGGUGCAAUGGGCGCUAUGUAUGCGAAGCACCUCUCUAAAGCAGGCUGGAAAAAAAUCAGCGUCUGUGAUCUUCCCGAUAAAUUUGACUCCCUGAAACUCCAAUACGCAGACGUCCCUGGCGUAACAGUCUACCCAGAUGGACACGCAGUUUCUAGAAUCUCAGACUUCAUCAUGUACUCCGUGGAGGCCGAGUACAUUGACCGUGUCGUCUCACAGUAUGGCCCUUCAACCAAAGUCGGCGCAAUCGUCUCUGGCCAGACAUCAGUCAAAGCACCCGAGAAGGACGCAUUUGAAAAGUAUCUUCCUCCAGACGUCCACAUCGUGUCCCUUCAUUCUCUCCAUGGUCCCACAGUUUCCCCAGAGGGACAGCCCCUGGUUCUCAUACAACACCGCGCUCCAGACUCCUCUCUUCACUUAGUCGAAAGCAUCUUCCGAUGCUUCGGCUCACGCUUCGUAUAUUUGACAUACGAAGACCACGACCUCGUUACCGCCAAUGUACAAGCGGUUACACACGCUGCCUUCCUCACCAUGGGCACAGCCUGGGCAAGCCAGCGCUCCUACCCCUGGGAACAGGGUCAAUACGUCGGCGGAAUUGAAACUGUCAAAGUAAACAUCAUGCUCCGCAUUUACGCGAACAAGUGGCAUGUUUAUGCAGGCCUCGCCAUUCUCAACCCCUCCGCGCGUAUUCAGAUCGACCAAUAUGCUUCCUCCGCGACUUCCCUCUUCAAGCUCAUGCUUGCAGGAGAUGAAGAAGGUCUCCGCACCCGCAUUUACGAGGCACGCCAACAAGUCUUCGGCACGGUCGAAGCGGAGCGCGCACCAAUAUUUUUAACUGAAGACGUCCUCGAUCAGUUCACCAUCGGUGGACACCCCAAGCUAAACGGUAGUCCAACAGGGACGUCCGCGCCCCCAUCCAACUCGCACCUCGCACUCCUUGCGAUGGUCGACUGCUGGGCCCACCUCAAGAUCCAGCCAUUCGACCACCUAGACCUCGCAGCAACUCCUAUAUUUAGAAUGUGGAUCGGUGUCGCAGAGUACCUCUUUCGUUCCCCGAAACGGCUAGACUCUGCUAUUCGUUCAGCGGUGUAUGACGUCACCCACCGGUCAGACGAUCUCGAAUUCGUUAUCGCCGCUCGUGGGUGGAGCCAGUGUGUGUCGUUUGGGAGCUUGGAUUUGUAUAAACGCAGGUUUUUGGAGACUGCGUCGUUCUUUGAGAGUAGGUUUGAGGAGGCGAGCGCUAUUGGUUCGGAGAUGAUCAAGGCUAUUUCGCAGAGUUGAAUCUGAUUGGGAAAUAUAUUUUAUGUACUUUUUAUGUAAAACGCCUGCUGGUUUUUUGGAUCGUCUGUCAUGGAUGUCGUUGGCCAGUCAUAUUGGGUU